AUGAAUGGGCUCUUGCACUUGGGACAUGCCUUUUCAUUAACGAAAGCGGAGUUCGCAGUAGGAUAUUACAGAUUGAAAGGUUUUCUCUGCCUUUGGCCAUUUGGCUUUCAUUGUACAGGAAUGCCCAUCCAAGCUGCUGCAAAUCUACUGAAACAGGAACUGGGAGAAAGCGAGUCAGCGUCAGGUUCAACCCCCGUGUAUUUAUGCUCGGCCACUCAGAACAUGGGGAUCCCAGAGGAACAAAUUUCACUGUUUACAAAUGCGUCUCAUUGGUUGGAAUACUUUCCUCCAAAGGCCAAAAGAGAUUUACAAGAGAUGGGUCUCAAGAUAGAUUGGCGAAGAUCAUUCAUUACGACUGAGGCUUCUCCGUGGUACGACGCUUUCAUCAAAUGGCAAUUCAGAAGGCUUCAGUCUCUGGACAAGAUCAAAUUUGGAAAGAGACAUUCAAUCUAUUCGCCUUUGGACAAGCAGAUCUGCGCAGAUCAUGAUCGAGCGGUCGGGGAGGGAGUCUGUCCGCAAUCUUAUACGCUGAUCAAGAUGAAAUUGUUGGACACAUCCAACAAAGUGUUUGAGAACAUCUCUUCCUACGACAUAUACCUGCUUGCCGCAACCUUGAGACCAGAAACAAUUUAUGCACAGACAAACUGUUGGGUCCUUCCACAUGACAAAGAUGGUAACGACGUGACAUACGGGUGCUAUCGCUCGCAUGUUGCCAACGAGCUGUUCAUUGUCGGCGAUCAUGCGGCUCGCAACAUGGCGUUCCAGGGUUUGAGUCCCUCCUUUGGCGUCUCUGAAUGCGUCGCAAGAAUCCGAGGACAGGACCUCCUAGGGCUGAGAGUUGCUUCUCCCAUCAGCCGUUUGGGAGAGCUUCGCAUUUUUCCUCUCCUCAACAUCUUCAUGGACAAGGGGACAGGAAUCGUAGCUUGUGUUCCUUCCGUUUCUCCCGAGGACCACAUCGCCCUGCGUGACCUCGAGGCGAAGCCUAAAUUUCGUGCCAAGUAUGGGAUCGAGGAUAGCUGGAUGGAGGGGCUGCGAUCGGACACUGUCAUCAUGGCCCCGUACAAGAAGGAUAAGGGGGGAGACAAGGAGGAGGAGGAGGAGAAGUGCGAGUGCAUUGCUGAGCGAGCGUGUGAGGAAUUCAAAGUUGCAUCGCAGAACGACAGGAAUUCACUUGAAAUGGCCAAAAUCAAAGCAUACAAGAUCAGUCUCAACGACGGCUCAAUGACAGCCGGUCCCUUCGCUGGUCAACGAGUGAAAGAUGUGAAAAAUCUGAUCAGAGAUCAAUUCAUUGCAGAGAAUUUGGCGUAUGAUUUCUCGGAACCAGAAUCAAAGGUGAUCUCGAGGACUGGAGAUACGUGUGUCGUGGCUCUUACCGACCAGUGGUAUUUGAACUACGGCGAAAAGAAAUGGAAGGCGCAGGUGGAGCAGCACAUCAGACAGGAGAUGGAAUUCUUCAGCUCAGACACCAGAGGACGCUUCCUCUCCGCCAUCGACUGGCUGGAGGACUGGGGCUGCUCGCGCUCCUUUGGACUGGGAACGAAACUGCCGUGGGACGAGACUCAGGUCAUCGAGUCGCUCUCCGACUCGUCCAUCUACAUGUCAUUCUACGCCAUUGCGCACCUGGUCUCGUCGUCCUCCCUCCUCAAUGAUGGCGAUGAGGGUGCAAGCGCAGGAGCUGGAGCAGGAGGCAAGGUUGAUAUAGACCCUCACCUGGUCCCUGACGAGGAGUGGGAUUACAUCUUCCUGGAUGCUCGCAUGCCGGACCAGACUGUCAUCCCGCAGGAACGGCUGAAGAUGAUGAGGACAGAGUUCAGAUUCUGGUACCCGGUCGACCUAAGGGUGUCGGGCAAGGACUUGAUUCAGAACCACCUUCUCUUCUUCCUCUACAACCACAUCGCUAUCUUCCCGCCUGAGCGCUGGCCGAGGGCUGUUCGCACCAACGGGCAUGUCAUGCUCAACAAUGACAAGAUGUCAAAGUCCACGGGCAACUUCCUGACGCUGCGCGAGGCUGUCGACCUUUACUCGGCUGACGGGAUGAGAUUUGCCCUCGCCUGUGCAGGAGAUGCAAACGAAGAUGCGAACUUCGAGCAUUCAGUUGCCAACUCCGCUAUCUUGAAGCUCACGUACGCACGGAUGGCAGACAACCACUAUGCAAAGCAACAGUUUCGAGAUGCUCUGAUCUGCGGCUUUGACCUUCUGCUAGGCGCAAGAGACAGGUAUCGCAACAUGGUGCGAGCCAUGCACGAUGGCGGCUAUCUGAAAGAUCUCCUCCUCCGCUUCCUUCAGUACCACACCGUCCUCAUCGCCCCCAUUUGUCCGCAUUACGCUGAGCACGUCUGGUCGAUGCUCGGAAACGCGGAUAGUGUGAUGCAUGCAAGAUGGCCUGAAGUCAAAGAAGAAGAUGCAGCACUUACCAGAAUGACCAACUACAUCGACAAGCUCGUCGUUGAGCUAAGUGAGACUGUACGACCGCGCCAGCAGCUGGUUGACUGGGAUCAUGUUGAAGCCGUGGAGAUUUUCAUCUCUACCUCCUGCUCCCCCUGGCAGGUCACUUGCUUAGAGACGAAAAAAGUCUUGCCUUUCGUGCAGUUCCGCAUCGACGAGUUUGAGCAGAGGGGGGAAGAGGCCUUCGAGGACGGGGUUCCCUUUGAGGAGGAGGCAGUUGUGCAGGAACUGACCUCCUUCCUCCUAUCGGAACUUCCGCUCUCCUCUGUCAAGACAAUUUCAAGUAAAAAUAUCAACCACGUCUCUCCUUGA